AUGGCCUUUAUCCUUGAAUGUCUUAAGGGCAGUUACAGCACUUUAAAACAUUAUAAUAAGACUAUUGAUGAUACUAUUAGAGAUUUAAGUGCUGCAAUAGGUAAGGGCUCUGGUGUUGAGGGAUUUGGCGAGGCCAUUGGGAUUGUGCGGGAUGGGCUGGAGAGGUAUGAGAGUGUUUUAUCUACAAGAAUUCAAGACUUCAAGAGUCCGUUGGAAGAUAUUCAGAGGUCUAUUCCAGCAUAUAAGAAGCAAUUAGAUUCUUGGAAUUCCAAGAAACUUCACGAUCAAUUGAGUGAAGUGUUCUCCAAGGCAUCCAUGUAUUCGGGUAAAUCCAAGAUGUCCGAGAAUUACAUGAAACGAUUUGACGAAGGUUUACAAAGUAAGUUGAAAUGUAGUGUAUCAUUGGUUGUGCAGGCGACGGAAUGGUUCAAGAAGUCAUCGGAGGAUGAAGAGCUUAGGAGCCAGGCACAAGUGGUGGACAGGGAGUUGGAGGAGCAGAAAGCUAAGUUGGAAAAGGACAUCGACUAUGGACUAAAUGUAUUGCAAAGUGACAUUAAUAUGAAGCUUGAGAAAAUCGGGAGUGGUAUAGAUAACUUGGAUAAAGUAAAAGAUGCGCAUAUCAAAUACAUACGAGAGGCUGUUGGGAAGGCCUCUCAGGCAGCGGGACAAUUGAUUGCAAAAUACAAGGUUUAUAUAGAUGGUAUUUCCGGUAUGUUUAGUGACAUUAAAAAGGAGUUAGAUAAUUAUCUUGCGCCUGAUCAGAAAGGUAGAUCGCCACUUGAGAAAGAGAUUAUCGCAGUUAGGUCCAAGGUGAAGGAGUUAGAAUCUGUUUACAAGGGUGUGCUGGUGACGGUUAAACAGGAAGUUGUCGCGGCGGUGAAUAAUACUGCGGACCAUCUAACAAGAGUGGAUUAUGCCGUUAAAAAGGGGUUGUUGGAGGUGAGGAGGGAGAUCAAGAAGGCGUUGAAGAAGUAUGUUGAUGAGUUGAAGGAGACGGACAUUUAUAAGUUAGAUGAAAAAGUGGUUAAUGAUUUAGGGUCGUUGAGAAGUAAUAUUAAGAGCCAGUUGAAUGACUUUGUCACGAAGCAGUUGGGAGGGGCGUUGUUGCUGGGAAUGGAGAAGGCUAAGGCAUUCACUUGGACUGAUAGUAAUUCCAAAGCAGGCCUCGAAGCGAUUGCUGGUGAGCUAAAGAAUCAUAUGCAAACCUUUACCCCAUUGCUAAGUAAGCUUGCCAAAGAGAAAACAAAUACGUGCACCAAACGUUUUGCGGGCAGUAUAGAAAACCUAUUAAAGCACCUUAAUGAUGGCAAUGAAGCAUAUCCAGAGAGUCUAAAGCCAGAACCACUUCCCUCAAGUGUGCUCAGCGCCCUUAAAAAUGACAUCACCGGCAGGAUUGAUUCAAUAUUAAGAAAUACGGUUGGGCAAAAUAGUGGAUGGAGUAAGCCAACCAUGGACCUUAACAACAAAAUGUCGACGUUCGACACCGCGGACAAGGAGCUCAAGAAUGUCUUAGAUAAGGGGUUCAACGAAAAGAUUGAUACCAUACUGAAUAGACAGAUUGGGAAGGAUAUAAGUGGUGAUGAUAAUCCAAUUAGAUUUAAAGACGAUGAGGAAGACAAUGGUCUCAUGUCAGAGUAUCUGAAGCAGACAAGAGUAGGCGCAACGGACGGCAGAGGAGAAGGUACACUUAGAUCUUUGAUUAAGAGGAUUAAGGAUCCGGUAAAUAAAAUUUUCGAUGCCAAAGACACUGAUAUGAUUGAUUUCGAUGCGCUUGGACAAUACAACAACCAACUGCGGGAGUACAACAAAGCUAUUCAAGAAGUAAAUGCCACUAUAAGCAAACUUGAGAAUGUGCCCAGAGAUGUUGACAAAAAAUCCCAUGCAAGCAUUCAGCUCCUCAAGCAAGCAAUGCAAAGAAUUGAAGGCAUUAUAAACAACAUUCAUGAUAUACGUUCAGUAGUGGACUCUGCUGACCAAGCAUUGCGGUCACAGAUUGAUGACAUUUACCAAGCCUUAGCUACCGCACAACAACAGGCCAAACAGGGCAUACAAGAGCUGAAAGACUCUCUCACUCAAACUGUACAACAAUCCUUCCGCCUCCUCACCUCCCAAGUCCACUCCCUCUUCGCGCGGCAGAAGCAGGCCGAACUCACGCAGCUGCAGAGCGUCGUCACGGCGCAGUUGAGGGAGAUUAAUGAGAUUAUCAAGGAGGAUAGGGAAAACGGGGUGAAGGGUUUUUUGACAAAAGUGAGGGAGGGGAUUGAUAACCAUUUGAAGAGUUCCACGCCCGUUGCGCUCAUCGACAAAAUUCCAUUAAUCCACUUGGCGACCAAAGCUAGAAAAUAUCUGGAUCCACUAUUUGACUACAUUGAAGAACAUGUGAAAGAUUUGGUACCAAAUGAUGAUCCAAGCAGGUCUCCAACCCCAACCGCCAACAAGCGAUCUGAUCAAGUACAUAAAAUCAAGGACCAGCUGGACACUUUAAUUAGCCAUCUUCAUAACUUCGACUAUAAUUUCCAUGUUAAUUUAGAUGCACUAAUAGAUGCUGUGAGUGGUCUGCAUUCCACUGAUUUCGGUGAGGGACGAAAUCCCGAGCUUCUCAACAUAGUGAGAAAAGGCAUCACAGCCUUCGACACACAACUCAACUACGCCUACGUGAAUAGGUAUUCAGCGCAGGCGAUCACUUGGACUAAGCCGAAAGGCGAUAAGACCGAACCGUCGGAGAGCGCAAUGAGCUGUGCGAAAGCCUUCCUCACGUUGGUGCCAAUGCUAUAUGGAGACAUGUAUGACUUGCUGGAUGCCCUCGAAGACGGUUGGACCCUCCACAGUAUAUAUUACGUCGAGACUGAUAAGCGCAAGAAUCCGCUAGGCAGAUUCUUGAAAAAGAUCGGGUAUACUGUGCCGACACAUGCCGACGUAUGUAAUGGCGAGCUUAAUAAUAAAAAAGGUUUCACAGGUAAAAGCAUUUUAGAUUGUCUCAUCGGGUCCAAGAGUGUAUUAUUUAAAACACCUAAUAUGGAUUCCGAUGUGCUUAAAAAGCUUAGCUAUGUCCUUGAACGUUACUACGAAGUCGGUCAUCUACCCACUCCAUCCUCACCCAAGGCGCCAUCCAACGUAUACCAAAUGCUCUGCUGGCUCCGUGGUCUCCAGUAUAAUAGUGUAUUUACUUCAUUCACUGAGCACGUUAAAACAUUGUUCGACAAACCGAAUGGAAAGGAAGACAUGAGAGAGUACAAGAACAUUCCACCAAACACACUAACGCUGUCUGCAGCUCCCAAACCAUUCACUGCAAGCGAAGUAAUUUCAGUAUUACGUACCGUUACAACACAAUGCCAAUCUGUACUCACUGCCAUCCUAGGACAUGGCCACGCAAGUGGCAUCUAUGCAUCUGACUUCUCGAACAAUUCACUUAAUUUACAUUAUCCAUCCAAUAUGACAGCCUUACUCUGCUUGUUGCUAGAGAUCGUCAAUCGCCUCCACCACCAACUUUUUUUCUUGCACGAACAAUGUUCGUAUUACACUAACCUCAGCGGCUGGCGUGAAUGUCAUUACGGCCAAAGUGUUGGCGGUUCAGAUUGGCAGUGUAACACUAGGCAAUGUGGUAACCAAGCGUGUCCCCAAAAGAUUAACCAGAAGUGUCCCCAAAUAGCUAACCUAAGUGCUAACCAAACAGCAAACCAAACGUGUGACCAACACCCUAAGUGCGGUGUUAAAUCACCUUUGCAAUCCUUCUUAGAGGAUGGCCUUCAGGGUUUUUUGCCGCAUACCCUGUCAACCAAGGGACCAAAAUUGUCAUGUUCCACGUGCACUAAGUUAUCACCUCUUAUGCCGUGUAAAACGCCAAUGGGCUUCUUUGAUAUUGGCAUAAAGGCGUCGCAUAUAAAGACUGGUGAGCAUAUUUUUAAUGUUCUUGGCAUUUUUUGCGGCAAUAAAAAUUCCAAUCUCAGUCGACUCUGCAUUCAACUGAAUUGUCUGCUUCCGACUCCACCCAAAUCACUGGGUGAGAUGUUUGGUUUCUAUUAUCAUCUCAUCGCAAAUUGGAAUAGCAGUAAAAAUCACGCGCUGCUUAAGAAGCACAGGGAAGAUCCAUUCAACGCUAAUGUUGGUUCCGCAUCCUUCGGGGUCGUUGAUAAUCUGAACGGCGUGUCGAGUAUGUUCAAAUCUCAACAUCAUCUAGCAAAGGAUGCGAAAGUGGACACAUCAAAGGAAUCAGAACAACAGGCGUACCACAGCCGCGGCGACCUGUAUAGUUUAUGUGAUCCAGACGUUUCAUGUUAUAACGCGAUAAAUUACUGUGGAGCGUAUAUAGCAUCAUUGUACACGGAUAUGUAUUCAACGUUUUCGUCCAAGAACGCCGAUAAAUAUCUUUCGUGGGUAGUGGGGAAAGCCUUGGAUGAUAUUGAUGCCCGCCGUACCUCUCUUGGUCAGCUUGCCGGACAGCUUUCGGGUUUAAUUGGUGGGAGUGACGAAGUUAAAAAUGCAAUUUUAUAUGGUUUGCACAGUAACGUAAGUCAGCUUGAAAAGCUUUUAGAAGCAUCUUGCGGAGGUGAGGGGUGUAAUUGUUAUGAUAAGAAUUUCAGUGAUAAACAUCUUAAAAAUCUUCAAAAGACAUUUGAGAAAUAUGAUGAAAUUGAAACAAAAAUUAAUGGCCUUAAAAAGCAAAAAGAUGAAAACAAUAAGGCGCCCGUAGGGGCGCCGCCCGGCAGUGAGUCUGAGAUUGAGGAGCAUAAGAAGAAACUUGAAGAGCUUAAAAAAGAAAUUUUCUCACAAAGUUCUCAGCUUACAAAGCAAAUUACAACUGUAAUUGACGCUGUUCAAAGUAAAAUUACUGAACUUGACAAGAAGAAAAAAGAUGUUGAUAGCCUUCAGUCUCAAGUGAAUGAGCUUAAAAAGCAAAUUGAGGAGGGGGAAAAGAAUCUUAAAAGCCCGCAAAAAUAUGAUGAAAAUGAACUUAAAAGGCUUCAAGAAGAGCUUCAAAAAGCAAAAAAUAAUUUCCCUGAGAAAGACUCUAAAUCUCUUGACUCUCAUCAGAAGUCUAUGAAUUCUGUCAGAAGUCUACAUGAGCUUUGUCAACAUUGUAAGGAUAUUAAAACUAAUAACAAUGAAAAUCCUAAAAACCUUUUAAAUAACCUUUGUGGAGGCCUCGAAAAUUUUCUCGGCUACGAGAAUGGUAAUUACACCGGUGAAGGGAUUGUGUACUCGGACCUCGACAGGCUGUGCGACGGGGUGAUGGCGUUCCUUCAUGGUGUUCUUGAGACUGUGAAAGGUGAUGAAAACGUCACGAAAUAUGAUAACAAUCUUCAGGAGCCUAAAUUGGAUAAACUUCUUAAGGAACUUUCUUCUUCCAUAGGUAAGGGGUCUGUCGCUUUGGGUGAGCAGGUUACUGCGGUGAGUGACUGGCUUGGGAGGUAUGAGAGUGAGGUGAACAGUAAAACUGAUGAGGUAAAAAAUCCUAUUAAAUUUCUAAAAGAUAGGAUUGGAGGUGACAAAAAUCUCAUUGAAGGAGAAAAUGAGAGAGAUCUUUCCCUGCAGAUUUAUUUUUGGGGGCAGCGUGCUAAGGAAUACAUUAAGAAGGCGGAAGAGGCCGAUAAGGCCCUGAAAAACAUCGAUCCAGCACUCUCAGGUAAGUUAACUCCGAACAUUCAAAUGCUGUUGCAGGCGACGACGACGUUUCAAGAGGCGGCGGGGAAUGAUGAUUUGAAGGCGAUGUACGAGAUGGCGCGGGAGAGGAUGGAGAAGGUGAGUGAGUAUAUCGGAGGCAGAUUUGAUGGAUGGAUUGGAGGGAUUAAGCAUUAUUUGACAAGCGAGAUUUCGAAGUUGAGUGGGAAACUCGAUAUUUUUGAAAGAAGCGAUUUUAAUAAUUUAAAAACGUAUAUUAACUCCGACCUUCAGCAGGCGUUCCAGACGGUGAGCGAAGGGAUCGAUAGUCUUGAAAAAAGGUAUGGAAGUGAGAUUGUUGACAAUGCUUUACUGCUAAAGAAUGCAUCAACACAAUUUUCUGAUCGAAUUUCGACAACUCAAAAAGCAAUCGACAAAGCGAUUAAGGAAGUAGAAGAAGACAUCGAGAAGUUUAAAGAGCUCUCGAAAAUUGAAGAAAUUAAAAAGGACAAAAGCAGCAAUGUUACGGCAAAAUUACUGAAAGCAAUCGGCGGUACUGAAGACCCUUUUAAAUCUAUUAAAGAUUAUUUUGGCAAACUUGACACCGAUGUCAUGACGCCUGUAAAGGAGGCCAUAGAGAAGAUUGCAACCGGGUUAGGAAAUCUUGUUAAGGUCGGCAGAGAUGAGAUGGAGAGUGCAUUUUCAAGUGUUAAAGAGGAACUUAGAAAGAAAAUUCAAGAUGUGCAGAAAUUUGUUAAUGGUACACUUCCAUCCACCGAAUUAAAUGCUCUUAACACACUUCUCGGUGUUGACAUAAAGGCGCCCGAUCUCAAAAGGUAUGACUCCCACGUUCAACGUGUAGCAAAAAAACUCAAUGGAGGUAGUGAAAAAUUGGAAAAAGGAGAUAUUAAGAAUCUCCUCAACGUCUUACGGGAAGUUGCUCAUACUGCAUCCCAGCACUCCCACCAGGUUGUUGGGGCGGUCAUGAAUAAGAUUCAAUCGAAGGUUACUGAGGAUAUUAAAGCCGCCGCGGAGGCAUUAAAAAUAAAAGUGGAGAAACUUAAGGAGGGUGUAAAUUACAGUAAUGAAUUCGAUAUUGAGUACAGCACGAAGAAUUCAGCCCAAGGCCUCAAGAAGCUCAUGGGUGAUUAUGAAAAUAAUAUUAAGAAUAUGAUUAAAACACUGAAUGAUAAGGUUGGCACGAACGGACAUUCCGCAGAAAAAAGUAUCUACAAGGAUCUGAAAACGCUGCAAGAGAAUAUUGCACAGCUUGACGAACGGAUUAUCACGGCUAAGCAGAAUGUCCAAACAGUUCAAACUGAGCUCAUUGGUUGCAUCGAUCAAGCCGGUAAACUCCUCAAAGAAGCACCCAAAGAAGCUGAAAGAAUCAUGAACAAACUCUGUCAAGACGUAAAUGACCAAAUUACAAACGCCUUCACCGACCUCCAAACCCAAGCCAAAUCCCUCUACACCUCCCGCAAGACAAAGGAAGUCGCAGCCCUGCAGAAGAUCGUUGGGGAGCAGUUUGAAGAAACUAAAAACACAAUAAAUAGAGAUAAGUUCAUGGGUAUAAAGGGAUUACUGAAGAGAAUGAAGGAGAAUGAGAGCAAUUUUGUAAAGAUGGCAACGGUUCUAAAUCCGCUGGAGGGAGACCAUUUCAAAAAAUGGCCUCACUUGUCGAGAAAGAGAUUUGUCACAUUGCUUGACUAUCUUAAAAACCACAAUAAUAUUACUAAUUUAGAUCAGUCCAUUAAAAAACGUAUUUACAUAUUUGACGAUGUCUCCACCAGAUACCUUACCGAAUUGAAUGACUCCAUCUCCGCCCUCUCCCCCUCCCACUUCCACGGCUUCCACAACCCGCUGCUCCUCGACGCCUUCAAGGCCGGCAUGGGCAAUUUCACCCAGCAACUCGGACACGCGUACGUAAACAAGUAUAGCGGGAAAACGUUUGGUCCUUUGACAAAAAAAGAAAAGGUGGCUGACCCUUCGAAACAAAAAUCCGACGCCGCUACCACAACUGAGAUAGAUGUCCUCUCCACCGAGGGCCGCAACUGCGCCAAGGUCUGCCUGACCAUACUGGAGGAGUUUUAUGCAGACUUCAAUACGUUGAAAGCGCACUGUUAUACUAAAGGUGGUUGGACACAAUUACAAAUUAACACUUACGAGAAGAAUUCACUUGGUGACUUCUUCCAUAAAAGAGGAUACGAAGUCAACUCCGAGAAAGGCAAGCAGGCUGGCGAGUUGCAAGAUAAAGAUACCAAGAAGGGCACGCAUAUUAGUAGUGAUCUUCUUAUCAAGAAAAUUACCGAUGGUUCCACAUUUCCGAUUAUACAGGCGUGGAGGAAAACAAAAUAUCCAACCGUUACAAAUAGCACCGAGAUAUCUCUGUUCGACUUUGUUGACUUCAUACGCGAACUUCUUCGAAAGUACUACCAAGUAUGCCAACUUGAACAUCAUUCGUCAACUAAGGCCCCCUCAAAUAUCUAUCAGAUGCUGUGUUGGCUUUCUGGGUUCUACUUUAAUCCGAUGUACGAGAAGGUGAAGGAACAAUUUAAUGGACUUUUUGAUAAGGAUAUCAAGCAGUUAGCUGUUGUCGUACCAGACAGAGAGAAACACACAAAAACUGAAAAUCUUAAAGCUAGUGAUUUACACACUCCACUCCAACAAGUUUGUUUGCGCUCGCAACUUACACUAACCGCCAUCCUAGGUCACGGCCAUCCUGAUGGCCGUUACGCCUGCGAUUUCCGCACAAACAUCGAUAAUUUAUUGUAUCCAUAUGCUCCAUCACAGUGUUUAGACAUGCUUGUAGAUAUUUUGAAGAGAGUGUGUCAACAAACAUACUUCCUAUACCUACAAUGUAACAACAGCCGUAUUAGAGGCGGGUGGGCUGACUGCCACUAUGGCAGAUAUGUGGGUGGUUCAUCAUGGGACUGUAAUGAGAGACAGUGUCCCAACGAACAGUGUAACCUAAGACCUAACCAACGUGCUGACCAAAGUGCUAACCAAGGUACUAACCAAAAGUGUAACCAACAUCCCAAAUGCGGUGUUAAAUCACCCCUUCAGUCCUUCCUGGAGGACGGCCUUCCAGGUUUCCUACCGCAUACAUUUACCACACCUGGCUGUAAGCUGACAUGUUCCCUAGGCAAUCACUUUGGUAAACCAUGUCUUACUCCCAUGGGUUUUGCAGAUAUUGGUAUUGUAGCCUCUCAUACACAGAAAGGUGCGUAUCUACUUGGUGAACUCAAACAUUUCUGCGGUCCAGAUUCUAAACUCAAUAAGUUGUGUUCUUACCUCAACUGCCUGCUCCGCGUAGCACCGCAGACGCUUGGUGAUAUGCUAGCGUUUUACCAUAGAUUGCUCAGGUUCUGGGGUGACACAAAGAAAACUUCGGUGCUUAAGAGUGUUGCAUUUGAUGAAGCUGUCCGAAAGGCCAACUUUGGGAACAAGGAAACAAAGUUGGACGUUACAUUCAUUCAUCAAUACGAUAGUCAUUCUAGCAAUACGCAUAAAAAUGGUGAUCUGUUCAGCCUCAUCAUAUGCAAUAAAAAUGAGAAUCCAGCUGUUCCCUGCGGUCCAUACCUACAGCCUCUGUCUCUUGAAUGUUGUGAUACAUUUUCCGGUAAGCACUCUGGUAACUAUCUUUCAUGGGUUGUAUAUAUAACAGAAACGUUCUAUGACUUACUUAAAAAACUAUAUGAAGAUUGUUGUGGAAAGUGCAAUAAACCAGGCACCAGGUGCUACGACAAAUGCUGUGAUUCACAGUGCAAAAUAAAUUUUUCUUACGGCACUGGUAAUACUCCCAAACAACUCAAGGAUGUAAAUCAUGAAGAUGGAUGCACAUCCAUUGUUAAGUGCAAAAAUAUACAUCCGACAUUGUAUGCAUACGGCUUCACUUUUAAAAGCCCACAUGGACUGAGUGGUGAGAAAAGGAAGGAAAUGAAGCGCACAUGUCAGGAUUUCUGUACAGCAUUAGAAAAGGUUGUAAAGGACGGUAGCGUUCUCUAUGACUUAGUGCACAAGCAUAUUCCACAAUUCCUUUUCGAUAUUAGAGAAAAGUUCAUAUGGACUCUCGUAGCCCUCUGGUCGCUGUCGCUCCUGUACCUGCUGCACAUCGCCGUCGUCCGCCUCGACGUCCUGAGGAUCCGCUCCCACCUGAAAUCACCCUCAUCGCACCGCAUCGCCGCGCAGUCGCUGCUCGCCGUAGCAAGGGUUGGGAAAAUUGCCAGCGUCAAGUACUUCUCACCGUAA